GACACUUCCUUUUUUCUUUAUCCCCACCUUCCUUCCAGGUCGCAAGGUCACGUCCUGUUCCCACCUUUCGCCCCUCACUCCAGCUCCCCCAACGCCAAAGACAAGCUUAGGAAAGUGAUAUCGCGAAAUAGUUUUUUAAAGCAUUUUAUUGCAUUUUAUGACUUGGAGUUUAUGUGAGAUCUCAACGGUAUUAGCCGAACAGCCUGCCGCACCUUCCGGGAGUCCGAGAGUGAGCCUACAACUCCCACGGGGCUCCGCGAGCGCCGGACGGACUACAAUUCCCGACAGGCAGCGCGGCUGGCGGGGCGGUUCGCGGCGGUGCCCACAGGACCUCAGGGCGAGUGCGGGCUGCCCGGCGCGGCGCCCGCAGGACCCCGGCGGCUACCCAUGCCGAGGUGAGUCCGCGGGAGCCGCCGCCGCCGCCUUUCCGUCCCGUUUGCCGCCCCGCGCGGCCCCGCCGCCGGCCAGGAUGCUGGAGGAAGCGGGCGAGGUGCUGGAGAACAUGCUGAAGGCGUCUUGUCUGCCGCUUGGCUUCAUCGUCUUCCUGCCCGCCGUGCUGCUGCUGGUGGCGCCGCCGCUGCCCGCCGCCGACGCCGCGCACGAGUUCACGGUGUACCGCAUGCAGCAGUACGACCUGCAGGGCCAGCCCUACGGCACGCGGAAUGCAGUGCUGAACACGGAGGCGCGCACCAUGGCGGCGGAGGUGCUGAGCCGCCGCUGCGUUCUCAUGCGGCUACUGGACUUCUCCUACGAGCAGUACCAGAAGGCCCUGCGGCAGUCGGCGGGCGCCGUGGUCAUCAUCCUGCCCAGGGCCAUGGCCGCCGUGCCCCAGGACGUCGUCCGGCAAUUCAUGGAGAUUGAGCCCGAGAUGCUGGCCAUGGAGACCAUCGUCCCCGUGUACUUUGCCGUGGAGGACGAGGCCCUGCUUUCCAUCUACGAGCAGACCCAGGCCGCCUCCGCCUCCCAAGGCUCUGCUUCUGCUGCUGAAGUACUGCUACGCACUGCCACUGCCAAUGGCUUCCAGAUGGUCACCAGCGGGGUACAGAGCAAGGCCGUGAGUGACUGGCUGAUCGCCAGCGUGGAGGGGCGGCUGACGGGGCUGGGCGGAGAGGACCUUCCCACCAUCGUCAUCGUGGCCCAUUACGACGCCUUUGGAGUGGCCCCCUGGCUGUCGCUGGGCGCGGACUCCAAUGGGAGCGGCGUCUCCGUGCUGCUGGAGCUGGCACGCCUCUUCUCCCGGCUCUACACCUACAAGCGCACGCACGCCGCGUACAACCUCCUGUUCUUUGCUUCUGGAGGAGGCAAGUUUAACUACCAGGGAACCAAGCGCUGGCUGGAAGACAACCUGGACCACACAGACUCCAGCCUGCUUCAGGACAACGUGGCCUUCGUGCUGUGCCUGGACACCGUGGGCCGGGGCAGCAGCCUGCACCUGCACGUGUCCAAGCCGCCCCGGGAGGGCACCCUACAGCACGCCUUCCUGCGGGAGCUGGAGACGGUGGCCGCGCACCAAUUCCCCGAGGUACGGUUCUCCAUGGUGCACAAGCGGAUCAACCUGGCAGAGGACGUGCUGGCCUGGGAGCAUGAGCGCUUCGCCAUCCGCCGGCUGCCCGCCUUCACUCUGUCCCACCUGGAGAGCCACCGUGACGGCCAGCGCAGCAGCAUCAUGGACGUGCGGUCCCGGGUGGAUUCUAAGACCCUGACCCGUAACACGAGGAUCAUCGCGGAGGCCCUGACUCGAGUCAUCUACAAUCUGACUGAGAAGGGGACGCCCCCAGACAUGCCGGUGUUCACGGAGCAGAUGCAGAUCCAGCAGGAGCAGCUGGACUCGGUGAUGGACUGGCUCACCAACCAGCCCCGGGCCGCGCAGCUGGUGGACAAGGACAGCACCUUCCUGAGCACGCUGGAGCACCACCUGAGCCGCUACCUGAAGGACGUCAAGCAGCACCACGUGAAGGCCGACAAGCGGGACCCAGAGUUUGUCUUCUAUGACCAGCUGAAGCAAGUGAUGAAUGCGUACAGAGUCAAGCCAGCCGUCUUUGACCUGCUCCUGGCUGUUGGCAUUGCUGCCUACCUCGGCAUGGCCUACGUGGCUGUCCAGCACUUCAGCCUCCUCUACAAGACCGUCCAGAGGCUGCUCGUGAAGGCCAAGACACAGUGACACAGCCACCCCCACAGCCAGAGCCCCCGCCGCUCCCCAGUCCCUGGGGCCGAGCACGAGUGAGUGGACGCUGCCCCGCCCCGGGCGGCCCUUCGGGGACAGGGGCCCUCUCCCUCCCCGGCGGUGGUCGAAACACUGAAUUACAGAGCUUUUCUCUGUUGCUUUCCAAGACUGGGGGGGAUUCUUUCUUUUUUUCCUUGUCUUUGAACUUCCUUGGAGGAGAGCUUGGGAGAUGUCUCGGGGCCAGGCUACGGACUUGCGGACGAGGCCCCCAGUCCUGGGAGCCGGCCGCCCUCGGUCCGGUGUAAGCACACAUGCACGAUUAAAGAGGAGACGCCGGGACCCCCUGCCCGAUCGCGCGCAGCCUCCGCCCACCGCCACCUGCCGCAAGGGGCCUGGACUGCAGGCCCGCCCUGCUCCCCUCUCCACGUCUGUCCUCGGACGUCCCCUCCCGCUCCCCAAUGGUGGCGUGGACAUGGUUAUUUAUCUCUGCUCCCUCUUGCAUGGAGGAGGGCAGUGCCAGCCCUGGGGUUCCGGGAUUCCAGCCCCAGUGGAGCCGUUUGUCCCCCAUGUGGUCUCACUGACCUGUCCCCCCCACAGUGGGCUCGGGGAGCUGUACCACCCAGCCUUCCCCUUCUCCGACUGCAGGGUCUGACGUCAUAAUUGACAGCCUCUGCUUCGUGGGGGGCUGGCAGGGCCCUGCCUCCCCAACCCCCGACCCACUGCACACCCCUGUUCCCUCACGCUCCUCUCCUCCCAGCCCAUCCCUCCAGCCCCUGUGCCUCCGUGGCCCCAGCCCGGCUCCCAGGGCCCUCACCUGCUUGGCCCUGGCCCAGCUGCCUGCCCUGAGUCCUGAGCCAGUGCCUGGCGUUUCCUGGGCUCGGUACUGGGCCCCCAGGCCAUCCAGGCUUUGCCACGGCCAGUCGGUCCUCCCUGGGGAGCUGGGUGCAGGUGGAGGACUGGGAGGCAGGAGGUGGCCCGGUGAGGCCUUGAGGCUCCUCCCCUCACUCCCCGCCCUGGGCCUCAGCUUCCUCAUCUGUAGAAAGGAUGUGUUUGGGGUGGGGGCGUCAGGUGAGAACAUUUGCUGGGAAGGAGACGACUUGGGGCAUGGCCUCUGGGGCCACCCUUCCUGGAACUCGGAGAGAAAGGUCCGGGCCCCUGGGAAGCCUUGGACAGAACCCUCCACCCCGCAGACCAGGCGCCGUGUGGGAGUGUGGGAGGGAAGGAGGCCCGCAUUGAGCUCAGGGAGACCCCGGUGUGUCCGUUCUUUAGCAAUAUAACCUACCCAGUGUGUGCCGAGCAGGCUUGGUGGGGAAGGGACUUGAGCUGGGCAAGUCCUGGCCUGGCACCCACAGCCGUCUCCCUUCCGUGGCCCAGGGAGGUGUUUGCUGUCCGAGGGACCUGGGCCGGCCCAUGGGAGCCUGGGGUUCUGUCCAGAUAGGACCAGGGGGUCUCACUUUGGCCACCAGUUCUUCGGCCAGCACCUCUGCCCUCCAGAACCUGCAGCCUGGAGGGGUGAGGGGACAACCACCCCUCUUUCCUCCAGGUUGGCAGGGGACCCUCUUCUCCCCAGUCUGCCCUGUGGGUUGCCCUCCUCCUCCACAGACUUGCCCAAGGGCCCAUCACCGCUGGCCUCUGGGCACUUGUGCUGAGACUCUGGGACCCAAGCAGCUGCCACCUUGUCACCAUGAGAGAAUUUGGGGAGUGCUUGCGUGCUAGCCAGCAGGCUCCUGUCUGGGUGCCACCGGGCCAGCGUUUCGGAGGGAGCUUCCUUCCUUCCUUCCUGGACAGGUCAUCAGGAUGGAUCACUGACUGACCGUCUGGGGCUCAGGCUGGUGUGGGAUGCAGCCGCCGAUGAGAAAAUAAAGCCAUAAUGAAUGAUCGCCA